AUGAGAGGGAAGGAACACAGACAAACCAUGAAAAAGAUAUACAUUGGCAAAACUGCCUUAAAAGUCCCCCGAAAUGGCGGAAAACAUCCGAAAAAGAGCUCACUGCUGGAGCAGAAGGAGGACUUACGGAAGAGGCUUUCCUACACAACACACAAGCUGGAACUGCUGCAGAGUGAGUUCGACUCCACGCGGCAGUACCUGGAGACGGAGCUGCGGCGGGCACAGGAGGAGCUGGACAAGUUUACUGAUAAACUGCGCAGAAUACAAAGCAGCUACUCAGCACUGCAAAGGAUCAACCAAGAUCUGGAGGAAAAAAUCCACAGAAAUUCUCAGCACCAUGACGAUGAGAAGCAUGCGCUGAGCAGAGAGAUCCUCGUCCUCAACAACCACCUGAUGGAGGCAAAGCUCACCAUCGAGAAGCUACAAGAAGACAAUGACAUGUACAGGAAGGACUGUAACCUGGCUGCUCAGCUUCUCCAGUGCAACAAGUCUCUUUACAGGGCGCAGCUCUCUGAGCUGCCGGCUGAUUUUCAGGAGCGUCUGACCAUGCACAUGGAAGAGUCUCCUCUCUGCCACACCUACUCCGACUCUGUCCCGGCCUCUCUCAUUGGCAAAGUGCUCGAGAAACCAGACGAGGCCUGCAGCAGCAGCCAGGCCUCCCGCUCCCCCAGCCCCCAAGCCCAGGACCAUACUUUCAUCUUGGAGAGCUUGGGACCAGGAGGGCGGCUGGGGCUCCGCGCAGCCUACAAGUCUGACCUGUACAGCAGCGACACGGCGCUGUACUGCCCUGAUGACCGGCACCGUGAGCGGAGGCCCAGCAUGGAUCUCCACGGUCAGAGGAAGCUUAUAUACGGGCCCCAAAUCUCCACCGACAGCAACCCUGAGGAGGGCUCGGUGGGCUUGAGGGCUGGCUUCUCCCAGGAGCACUUUGCUAAGUUACCCGCCACACUGGGUGCAGGCUCCAGCUCCUACUCCAGCUUCAGUGGAGGUGGGUCCGAGGACAAGGGCAACGGUCCGCCCAGCAGUGCAGCUUCCUCCCCGCACCACCAUUCCCUCUACAUGGAGUGGAGAGAUGCAGGGGACUAUGAGAGGAAGAGUGACUCAUCCUGGGAGAGGGACAGUCCAAGAGGCUUUGCCAACGCACAUCCCUUCCAGCAGACGGAGCUGAGCCACCACCAGAACGGCAGCUCGCCUGUCUACAGCCGCACCAUGUCCUCCUGUUUCAGCGAGCCCUAUGAGCCCCUCCCUCCCUCCUCAUCCCCAAGCGUCGCCUAUGGAGACAGUCGUAGAGGCAGCACAUUUGCCCCCGAGGAGGAGGAGCUGAUUGGUCGAUGGAGACAACUCAGUGUGGAGGACUUAAGUGCCCACACCUACCGCAGCCCGGGCCGGGCCUCCCCUUACAGCUUCUCAGAGCAGCACUUCUCCGUCCGGCCUUCCAAGAUCCGACUUGGUCCGCUCUACAGCAGCUUCCAGGAGGGGGCUGACUGCUACCAUCACGGAGGGGGUGUCAUGGACCCCGUGUGGGUAGCCGCCGGCCCCAGCCCCGAAUGCAGCCAAGGGCUGCGGCAGGCUCACAGCCAAGCCCACCUGUACCGAGCCGAGGACAGCCAGGGGUCGGAGCACAGUCUCUACCACUCAGGGAGCUCCAAAGAGAGGGAGGGCAACGUGGCAGCUGGCGGCCAGAGCACGGAUUAUGUAGACCCCAGCCCCAACAGCUCUACCGAGUCUCUGAACCAGAGGUCCCUGGAGAUGGCCGCAGAACUGCAGCACUACCAAGUGGAAAUGCACAGCCUGCCCGCACAGGCCAGCCAGUCGCCACCACCGGCCCCACCCCCUCCUCCUCCAUACAACCAAAAAUUUGGCUCCUUGGGACUUUCCAGGAAGGACAGUCUGACCAAGGCCCAGCUUUAUGGGACACUUUUAAACUGA